UGCUCUUAGACGUCACAGCACCCGGAAGACAUUGAAAACAUUGUGUAAGUGUCCUGCCGUUGCCUCCAAACCCAGCAGAACGGUACAUGAUGCCGGUGAGUCCUGUCAAAACGCGGAUCCCCCUCACCAGCUUCGGUCAUCUCAUAACGGAGGUGAAGAGGCAGCUGUUUGGCAUCGAGCCUCCAGCUUCUACAGAACUGAAGGGUUGGAGGAAAUACCUUAAUAGCUACACCAUACAGGGCCGCCGAAAUAGUGUCCUGGCUUCCUAUGGGCUCCUCGCUGCAGUAGCAGCAGCCUACUUGAUGCACAAACGAAACAAAAAGGAAAAUCAGGCUCCGAGCCCCACGGCCUGAGAACCCAACCUCAGCAUAGUGAUGUUCAUGCUCACAAAGCAUUAUUUAUGAUGGUGAACUACCACCUCCGUGUGUGAGGGAGUAUAAGCCUGUACUUUCUUAAUAAAUGCCAUGCAAGUGCUCGA